CGAUCUCGAAGGGACAGGGUGCGAAAAUUUAUUACACCGUUAGUGCUAAAAGGGGUAACUUGUAAGUCCACUCAGUUGCAAUAUCAUCAGUUCAGUUCAGGAUGAAUUCUGGUGCUUAUGAAGUGAUGAAGGGAAAACCAUGGAAAGCUAUCAACUUUGAUUGGGAUUUUUCAGUCGGUGAUAAUAGACUCAGAAGAGGAAUCGCAAUUAUACAACAGAGGCAGAUUUUUACUAGAAUGUUGGUAGAUUUAAAGUUUGAAAUUUAUCCAUUUGAUAACCAAAAAAAUGUGAAGUCCACAAGAAAUUUAUCCAAGACCCAAUUUUUGGAAGAAUUGAAAAAAUUUAAAGGACUUUGCUGUGGUGGCUCGUGUGGAUGCCUUUGGGUGACAGUGUCCUCCCAUGGAGUGAUUCUGCCACAAAAUGAACAAAGAGACGGACAGACAGACAAUGUGGAAACCCAAGACAGACAGACAGACAAGGUGGAAACAUACGAGGAUUACGUUUUGACACAUCCAGAACCAGACAAAAACGGAUUCUCAACAGACUUUAAAGAUGAACGAGUCUCAGUGAGGGAAAUAGUUGAAAUAUUCAAAGAUCCAGAAUUAAAAGGCAUACCAAAAAUAUUCUUUAUUCAGGCAUGUAGAGAUGAUUCAAAACAAAUUGCCGGAAAUCCAGGGGUAGAUGUAGGUGUGCAGGUUGUUGUGGUAGAAGAUGAAAGUUUGUCCG